UACAGCAUUCUCUGCUUUUAGACCCUCACACCCUUGUACUGGGGGCUGUGACCCUCAAACUGGGAGAGUGGCUCCAGCAGAUUCCAGGUACAACAUCUGAGAAAUUGCUUAAGGGGUUGAACCACGUGUGUGAGCGCAGCCAGCUGUACUGUGAGCAGGUACAUAAGGAAGCCAGAACUCUCCAUCCUCCUGGUACUCCUCAGCUGACUCCUAAAGCUGCUCAACAUGGACUUCAACAGAGUGCUAUGUUGCCUCGGCCUUAUGCUGGUAGCCUGUGCUGCCCAGGAGCCUAUACCCUGCACUGUUCCCCCUCUUAUGAGUGGAGGCUUCACUGUGAUGACCACCAGCAUCAUGUCCACAGGAAAAAUAACCUAUGAUGCUUAUGGUCAGAGGAUGCGGGUUAGGACCUUCAGUUUUUCUGGAAAUGUUACGGACCAGCUGAUGCUUUUCAACAAGAAAGUCUAUUAUGAGAUCGACUGGAGCAGGUUCACUUGCAAGAAGAUGCCGUUGGACACCAGCUUUGUUCCCAUGCAAGUGCCUUCUGAUGCCCAACUGAUGGGUCAGGUAGUUAUGGGCUCUUCCUCUUCCUGGGGAAUGGGCGUGCUCGUCAACACCUGGUAUGGAAGCCUGCCCGGGAACGGCUCUUAUUCAAGUGUCUUUACUGAAAUUGGCUGCAUCCCUUUGACCACUUCUUUGUACACUCCAGCAUCUGGAUGGACCACUCUCAGCACAUUCGACUGGGUUGUGGGCAUCUCAACAGCCAUGGACUUUGUUCCUCCCUCCUUCUGUGCCAAGUCUUCACUGGAAGAGAGAGAGACCCCAGAUACCUUCUUCACUGCCCUAGGGUCUCUGGCCAUGAAGUCCAAGAGAAUGGUGUAAACAUGUCCUAUCAAGACACAAAUACUGCUUCUUUCAGGGCAGAAAAACAGUAAGAUUGAAUCUGGGAUGUGCAACUAAAAAUUAGAGGUACACAGUGUGAGUCAAUCUGGAAUAAUACCUCGUGUAGCUGCAUUGUUGCUAUGACUUUUA